AUGUCCAAGCCAGAAGUAGGUAAAGGUUCACUCCUCGAUAUCAAAAGCCGAGAGGUUUAUAAACCGAUCCUUGACAAUCCAUAUACUCAAGGUCCUGAGUUUCCAGCGAUUACCAAGGACACUGCAAAAGCAAUCUUGGACUAUCUUCUUCAGCUUCUACCCAGUUAUGGAAAUUACCAAAGUGUCAAGGACAAGAAGACUAUUGAGCCACAUCCACUUCAUGGGAAGAUUACAAUAGGUUUCAAUUCUACAGUGCAAGCUUUAGAGGGCCAGGCGUCUUCGAACCGGCAAAAAGUCUUUAGAGCUAAAAAAGAGCCAAAGCCCAAGACUUCCAUUGACGGCUACAUGAAAUACGUCUUUGUGGCCAAAAACGACAUCUCCACACCACUUCUUACCAGCAUGUUUCCCCUUCUAGCAUAUUCAGCAUCGAAGUCUCUUGAGGACAGAGUGAAGCUCAUUGAGCUACCGAAAGGAUCCAUGAACAAGCUUCUGGAUGUACUUCACACACCAAAUGUUAGCAUAUUGGGUAUUUCAGAGCUGUGGAUUGGUGGAAAGGAACUCUUUCUGUUGAUUGACAGAGAGAUCGUGGACAUAGAUGUUCCUUGGCUCCAGGGACUAUUCGACGGACAGUUGGAGGUGUUCCAAGAGCCAGCGAUAAGGUUUCUCAAAACCAAAGCACCUGUGGGUAAGAGGCCUGGAAAGAAGGAAAGACAGCAAAAGAAGAAGGAGGAUAGAGAGGCCAAAAGAGAGCUGCAGAAGGGUGAACCAGAAUCGGGCAAGAAAAGAACAGCUGAGGACAAUGGCGUCGAUGCUAAGAGGCUGAAACAAAAAUAG